GAAAAGUCAUUUUAAUUGUAACUUGUAAACUGUUGGGUCGGCCAUUUUAAGAUUUGCUCUAUUAGUUUUAAAACUCUUUACUUAUUAUCCGGGAAGACUAAAUAUCUUAAAUUCAUCAUGACAUCAAUCGCUCUUGAUCCUACAAUGGAUGAUGCCCAAAACUCAAAAUUUCGAAAUACAUAUCACAACCUGGUGAUGAAUUUCGCGCGAAAGAAGGUCUUCAGUGAGCGAGAGACGGAAUGUCUGCUACUGGCUUAUCAUAAAUUUGUCCUCAAGAAUGGGAGAAAAAUGAAACUGAUGACGAGGCGGCAAUUUGGCAAUCUUUUCCACAAUAUGUUCAACGUCUUGGAUCCGAACUUCACGGACGCCAUAUUUUCCGCAGCUGACCCCUCGUCAAAGAAGUUCAUAACACCUGAAGCAUUCUUAGAUGUAAUGAGCGUAGUCCUGAGAGGGACAUUGGAGCAGCAAAUAGAGCUUUGUUUUAAGGUAUACGACCCCCAUGGUAAUGGAUAUAUAACGAGGGAGAGACUGCGGAAGUUCUAUCGGAAUAUGUUUGAUGGCGCGCAGGACGAGGUGGACGAACUUACGAAUGAUUUCGUGGAAACUAUUUUCCGGAAAAUGGAUAUUGACCGUGAUGGGAAAAUCUCAUUUGAUGACUAUGCGCAGACAGUGCGGAAGAAUCCUUGUUUGCUUCAGUUUGUUGGAACCUGCCUUCCUGACAGCGGAACUAUUUUUAUCUUCUCUCAGGUCUACAAAAUAAAAGAAAUCAAAAUGCAACUGGACUUUACUAUGGGCACGAUGGAACAUCAACGCUUCCACACCAUCUUUCGCGGACUCAAAAAUGAACUUAAACGAACAUCCAGAUUCAAGGAAAAGGAAAUAGAAAGGCUGCUCAUAACCUACUAUAAGAUGUCUCUCGCCUCUGGGAGGAAUGCGAGAGGGGUGGCUCGAAGCCAGUUUUCCGCCUACUACAGGGUUUUCUUAGGGGUUGCAGAAUUGAAUUGGAUAGACCCGUUGAUCUCCUACAUUGAAAGUGGGUCCAUAAAAUACAUCUCCCCCGAAGCUUAUAUGAAAGUAGUGGAAUUGUGGCAAUACGGAACAUUUCAGGAAAGGAAAAAGUUUUGCUUUGGGGUCUACGAUGUCUACAAAAGGGGGUAUAUCACAAGGGAGGCUCUACGGAAAAGUUGUGAAAAAAUGAUAUACGGUCAAACACUUGAAGACACGGAAUACUUGAUCACAGAAUACGUUGAUUUUCUUAUGAGAAAAUUCGAUGUCGAUCGUGAUGGUAAAAUAUCAUUUGAUGAUUACUCGAAGACUGUAGAUCAGACUCCAAACUUACUUGAAUUCCUUGGACAGCUGAUUCCAGAACUAGGAAAACUUUAUGAGAUUCUCGCGGAAUAAGAGUGAUCUUCUUUACUGCUUUAGCUUGAAAAAAAUAAAGACAUGUUUUACUUGAUU